AUGUCCAAAGCUUACUCUUGGGCACCUUUUGACAUACCGAAGGAAAUGCUGCAGGAGAUACUUGCACAACACAGUGUUACCCCUGAGAUCUUACCAGUUAUCUUUUCUUUUCGACGACACACGAAUCGGCUGGAAGAAGCCUUCUCAGAUAGUGUGUGGGUCUCAGAUUCAAAGAACUUCACAGAAUUGACCUAUCUUCUCAAGUAUACCGAGACAAGGAACUCUGCCGAAGAAAAGGCAGAUUGGUCAGUACGGCAGAUUGGUGUCUACCACCGCUACGACCCACGUGUUAUGCAGAAUACAUGGAUCAUUCUCUUUCCCACUGCCGACUCCAGCACCGAAAGAGAUCUAGUGAACGAGGCAAACCUUGCGUUCACCGUCGAUUUUGAAAGCACCUUGCCGUUCCAAGAUGCUUACAAAGACAUCUCAGACCUUCACUACAUCGAGACAAGACUUGCAACACUACCUCCUAUUUUCGAUGCCCAACUGGAACUCGUUGGCCAGCUGGAAACUCUUAACGAGCGAUUCUUCCAUCGAAGUCAAGUCUCCGAAGAGGCAUGCUCGAAGAUGAGGGAAACUCUUGGCAACUUACGUCGGCGGCUUGAGGCAUACAACGCCAACGUGGCGUUCGUGCUAGGAAAGAUACGAAGCACUACUCAGCUUGUGUCGGAUACUAUUGAUUUGAAGAGCCAGCACACCACAGAAAAGGUGUCAGAUCAGAUGCUGGUACUCAACAAAUCAGCGGUCGAGGAUGGCACAUCAAUGAGAGUCAUCACACUUGUAACGCUUGUUUACCUUCCGUCUACUUUCGUCGCUACGUUUUUCGGUAUGGGAUUCUUUGCCUCAAGAGACGAUGCUGGAGUGCAUUGGACCUCCUCACCAUACGUGUGGCUGUUCUUUGGAUUAGCUAUACCACUAACGUUAUUGACACUUGGGUAUUGGAGGUGGAGUCUCGGUCGUGCUGUGCGAUCGAGGACAAUUCAGGAUCUGGCUAAGUCAAGCGCAUAA